AUGGUUGAGCUGCAAGCGGAGAUCGUGACCUUGGUCUCUGCCGGGCUGGCGGGCCUGAGCCGCCACGCCAAGGCGGCGGCGCUCGAUGCGCUCAGCCGCAUGCUCUACGAGCACCACAGCAAAAUGGCAGCCGAGUUGCAGAAGCGUCUCAUCGACGUGGUGCUUCUGCUCCUGGAAGACCGGGACCAGCAGGUGUGGCGCGCUGCCCUGAAGUUCACCAAGGUGGUGGUCUUUGUGGUACCCAAGGAAUCAUUGAUCGACCUCCUGCCGAAGAUCAUGAGGAUCUUCGAAAGUCGGCACUUGGCCACGGCCAAGAUGCUGAUCCGCAGCAUCGUGGAGCGCCUCGUCAAGGUGAUCCCCGAGGAUGUGCUCGAGGACGCCUUCCCCAAGGCUCAUCAGGCCCUGCUGCGACACGUGCAGAAGCAGGUGGCGAGGACCUGGCGCCCCAAGACCGUCCGGGAGAAGGCCACUCUAUGGGAGGAGCCGGAAGAGGCGCCCACGUCCGGAAAGAAGAAGGGGCAGGAGAAGGAGACUUGGGAGACCUUCAAGGCCGGCGAUGAAGAGGCCGAGUUGGAGCCGGAGGACGAUGACAUGGAAGGAACCCGCAAGGCCAAGAAGCGCACUCGGCCGGAAGGCCCGAAGCACGAGCCUCCCACGGAGGCUGUGAUGGCGCACAACGCGGUGCAGGCGCUUCUGGAUGCCUGGGAAGCGGAGUCGGACAGCGAGGACGGCCAGGGCCGGGCGAAAGGCAAGCGCAAGCGGGGAGACGUUGCGGCCUCCACUUGGAUCCAAGAAGACGGGGACGUGCCUCUGGAUUUCAUGUCGGCGGACGCAGCCCAUUCGGUGCUCACGGUUCGCGCACCUCCGUCAAAGAGGAUCCGAGGAUCAAAGGUUGGAGGUGCCGGUGCUGAGAACAAGGUGGACGCUCUGCGGCGCAGUGGUCUGCGCUUCGCCACAGACGGGCGCCUAGUGGUGGACGAGACCCAUGAGGAGAAGGAAGGCAAAGAAGGGUUUAAGGAGUUCACCCACGGCACAGAGAAGCCCAGAGCGUUGUCGCAGCUGGCGCAGCAACGAAAGGCGCGCGCAGAGGCCAAGGCCAAAGCGAAGGCUGCCAGGAAGGGCGUGCAUCUCAUCAAGGGCAUGGACAGCUUCAAGCCUGGCAAGAAGAAGGCUCAAGGUGACGCCAAGCGAAAGGGCUCGAAGCUGGAGCCCUACGCCUACGUGCGCCUGAACCCCAAGGUCACCAAGGAGAAGUUCAAGACCAAGGCCACAGAGACCUUUGCCAAGGUGGUGAAGGGCGCCAAGAAGGGCGUGGUGAAGGGCAUGAAGGCGCGGGCGCGCGAGCAGAAGCUGAAGCAAGCGCGAGAGAACAAGAAGAAGAAGCAAGCGCACUCGAAGGUUCGGCGAGUGGGCUCCCGGUGA